AUGGAAAGAGCUGCAGAUUCAGGAGAAACUCUUCAAAUGGCUUCUGUUGGAGAUCCAUUCAAGUCAGGAAUAGAACAAGGUCCUCAGAUUGAUGCAAAGCAAUUUGAGAAAAUAUUGAGGUAUAUUAGAUCUGGUGUUGAAACUGGGGCUACACUUGAAACUGGAGGAGAAAGGCAUGGCAGCAAGGGCUUCUAUGUUCAGCCUACUGUCUUCUCAAAUGUUCAGGAUGACAUGCUGAUUGCAAAGGAAGAGAUAUUUGGUCCAGUGCAAUCCAUAUUGAAAUUCAAGAACACUGAAGAGGUAAUUCAAAGAGCAAAUAAUUCAAACUAUGGUCUUGCAGCAGGGAUCUUCACAGAAAACUUAAACACUGCUAAUACUUUGACAAGAGCACUGAAAGUUGGAACAGUUUGGGUACACUGCUUUAAUACAUAUGAUGCUGCAAUUCCUUUUGGUGGAUAUAAGAUGAGUGGACAAGGCAGGGAAAAAGGAGAAUACAGUAUUAAGAACUACUUGAAUGUGAAAGCUGUUGUUACUCCCUUGAAGAAUCCAACAUGGCUUUGAGCAUAUGAAAUAGAAGAUCAAUAUAAAUGAGGAUUUUAUGAUGAGAAUGAGGAA